AUGAUUAGAAGCAGAACUGAUGGCAGCGUUGAAGCUCGCCCAUCGUCCGAAGCUCAUUUCGGAUACGGCAAGUCCAGGCUAGCUCCGAACCGAAACUGGGACCUCUCCACAAAAUUCGGAAACCCUUGCCGCCUCCGGCAAGCAAACAAACAUCUAAAACGACUGGGCGCGCCGGCUAUCGAGGCGAUCGCCAAGCCUUGUCCCGCACUCGACUCCAAGUCGCAGGUCGAGCGGGGUGAUUUUACCAUGCCUUGCAUGCACUUGUCCCAAUUGCGGAUUGGUACCACACAGGAACGUCGGCCUCCGAGAACCAACUCACCUGAGCCUUGGACCCGGUUCAACUGUGGUUCGCUUGAUCCAAGCUGGUGCGUGGUUGAAGGCGGAUCUCCUGUUGGGAACCAGACUGAGUGA